UGAACCGUGAAUUCAAACGCUGUGUUGUUAAUAAUAAUAUGCGGGCUAAUUACAGAGCAAAACUGAUAGUUUGUUAGGAAUAGUUUUUUAAUAGUUUAUUUUUAUUGAGUUGAAUGAUCCUUCUUGCUUUUUUAUGUCCUUAGAUUCAACUUUUGUGAAUUGCCAAAUUAGAAUUACCAAAGUCUUAAGCGGUUUAUCAAGUUUUAGACGUCUUUUGCUUACAGUAUUAGUUACCAGUAAGUUAGGUAGUCGUUUUGUGUAUUACCUAUAGCAGCAAAUUAUGAGUCAAAGGAGAUCGUCAACAUUUAAAAUGCUUAGAACUGAAGCACCGUUGGACAGACAAAUCGAUUUUUUCCCAAGACCAUUCAAGAGAGAUGCAACACCAUAUCCUGUUCAUGAUUUCAAUAAACUUUUCAAGGAAUACAUUACUUCAAAAUGUGUGGUGAAUGGGCUUAAAAUAUCAAAAACCAUCGUUCUUGGUGAUGUUGGUGUCGGAAAAACCUGCCUUGUGAAUAGAUUUUGCCACCAAGUUUAUGACAGGAAUUAUAAAGCCACAAUAGGAGUGGAUUUCGAAGUUGAAAGAUUUGAUAUUUUUCAAAUACCCUUCAACAUGCAAAUAUGGGACACAGCUGGACAGGAGCGGUUCAAGUCAAUUGCAUCUUCAUACUACAGAGGAGCACAUAGCGUAGUUGUUGUGUUUGAAAUGAGUAAACUGAUGACACUAUCACACUGUGCGCAAUGGAUGCAGGAUGCUCUUCAAUGGACACAACAGCAUGCUUAUGGAAGGCCACAUUGCUUUUUAGUCGGAACCAAAAUGGACCUACUGUCGCCGUCCGCCUACGAACGUGUAAUAGCUGAACUGUGGGCGGUGUCAUCGCAGUCGGGCGAAAACGUCAACGAACUUUUCAACCGCAUAGCCGCGCUCGCCUUCCAAGCUAACGUCUGCAGGGAGAUGGCCGUAGUCGAUAGGAGCAUAUCCAUUGGAAGCAUACAGAAAGGUGAAUAUCUGAGAGAAAUAUUUAUUGUGAUCUAA